GGAGGCCCAAAAGUAGUUUCAUUGUUGUUCAGAGUUUUCCCUAGAACGUCGGCAAUGUCGAAAUUUUAGACUCCCGGCAAUCUUCGCGGCUCUCAGGUCCCAAUCCAGAAUCCCCAGACAUCCUCGUUAAACAUUGAACAUAACGACGGCGAAUGUAACAAAGGCGCACUGCAAGUCAACGCUCCUGGCUCCAUCCCCCAAACACAGUGAUGUUCCAUUACAUUAGCAACAGCAGCUCUCUGCAUUUUGUUUCAUCUUCGACCUUAGGCACUAGCCGUUACGUGAUCCUUAAAAUCCACUAAUGCUAUUGCGGUGGAUGUGGAGUUCAGCAAAACAUAUUUCCCUAGAGUUUGCGAAACAAGUAAAACUUGUAUUUGGCUCCCAGAUGUGGCCCUUAUAAUUGGAACUUGGAAAGAGCGGUCGUUACUUGGUGUUUUUAUCUGAUAAUUUGUUUGCACGAGGAGCGCAACUUGCAUGCAGAAAUUAGAGAAAGCCCAUACUAAAGGGGAUGGAUCCAAGUCCCUGGCAGAGACGCUGGCGAGAUGGAAACAAUAUAACGCCCAGAUUGAUUCUUGCAAUGACGCAGAUAAGCCAAUUCGGAAAGUUCCUGCCAAAGGAUCAAAGAAGGGAUGUAUGAAAGGUAAAGGAGGGCCCGAGAACUCUCGUUGUAACUAUAGGGGCGUGAGGCAGAGGACAUGGGGCAAGUGGGUCGCUGAAAUUCGAGAGCCAAACAGAGGAAAUAGGCUCUGGUUGGGCACAUUUCCCACUGCCAUUGGAGCUGCUCUUGCCUAUGAUGAAGCAGCAAGAGCAAUGUAUGGUUCUUUAGCUCGCCUUAACUUUCCCAAUGUUUCAGUCUCCAAUUUUUCUAAUGAAUCUUCAAGAGAUGCACCAGUUGCAAGUCAAUCUGAUUCUAAAGUGCCAGCUGAGUCUGUGACAUCCCCGAUCAAUUCCGGCUUUGUUGAGUUGGACAGUGCUGACAAGAAACCUCUUCCCUUGAAUGUAAAAGUUGAGGAAGGGGAAGUUGAAUUGAGGAUCAAUUCAUCUGCGCUUUCAUGAUGUAUAUUAUGCACAUUUAUAUUUGGAUGUGUCUAGAAAUCAUAGCUUCUGCACCCGGUGGUUAACAUAGGAUGAAUGAGUUUUGAUAUUUGUACCUGGAACUUGCUGUUGUAGAAUGUAAACUAUCCAAAAUUUCUAAGCUACACUGGAUUCCAGCCCCUUUUCUUAACGCGAAAUAAAAUUACUUUCUCAA